UAAAAUGCCUCUCUCUCUCUCUCUCUCUCUCUCACUCAAGAGAAGAAAAGGGGGAAAAGGAAAAUCAUAAUAUUAAAGAAUAGAGCUUUGUAUUCUUACGGAAUAUGGGUUGUGUGAAUUCUAAAGCUAAGGCAAAGCAAAGUCUUCUAUUUCACACCUUUCAAUCUCCAACCCAUGGAGGAACAAUCUAGGGCUUCACAUCUCAACAAACUCUACCGAGGUCUGUUCCUUUGGUGCUCCUCUUACUCCAGUUUCUAUCAUUUGCUUUUUUUUUUUCUUUUUUUUUUUUUAAUGAUAUAGCCCCCUAUGCUUAAUUUGAUCUUCUGGGUUCUCACUAAUUGAAGCCUUUCAGAAGCUUUGAUUGAAAGGGAAUUCUUUUAUGGUAUCUGCUUUUCCCAAAAAUGACUCUGUGGGCUUUGUGUUUUUGUCCUGAAGAUCUAUUACUGAACUAGGUUUUUUUAGAUUUUUGGAGUUUUUAUGCUCUGUUUUUGUCUGGGUACUUUCGCCUUCUGCCUCUUGGGUGAUUAAGAUACUUUUUGGAGAGUCGGAUUAUUAUGGAGGAGGUUGAAGAAGCUAACAGGACAGCUGUGGAGAGCUGCCAUAGAGUUCUGGGUUUGUUGUCUCAACCUCAAGAUCAGGUCCAGUAUAGGAAUUUAAUGGUGGAAACUGGAGAGGCUGUGUUUAGGUUCAAGAGAGUUAUUUCUCUUCUAAAUUCUAAUUUAGGUCAUGCAAGAGUCAGGAAACUCAAGAAAUUACCGACCCCUUUAUGCCAAAGUCUCCUUUUAGAUAACCCACACCAUAGAACGGAUCUUCAAUCCAAGAAUUUUCAGUUUAUGCAAUCUGGCAGUUACCUUGAUAGCCGCCCAAUUCAGGAGUUGGGCUCAAAUGCUAAGAAUUCCCUUUGUUUUGGGACCCCAUCUUUGGAGCUGAGUUCAAAUGGGAAGAACCCUCUCCACCAUUCCCAACAAACACCAUCAACUCAUUAUAACUUCCUUCAGCAACAGCAACGUUUACAGCUCCAACAGCAGCAGCAAAUGAAGCAGCAAGCUGAGAUGAUGUUUAGAAGGAGCAAUAGCGGGAUUAACCUGAACUUUGAUAACUCUAGCUGUACACCUACAAUGUCAUCUACUAGAUCUUUCAUAUCUUCCUUGAGUAUUGAUGGCAGUGUUGCUAAUUUAGAAGGAAGUGCAUUUCAUUUGAUUGGGGCACCUCGGUCCUCAGAUCAGAAUUCACAGCAACUCAAAAGAAAGUGUUCUGGACGGGUAGAAGAUGGAAGUGUGAAAUGUGGAAGUAGUGGAAGAUGCCAUUGCUCAAAGAAGAGAAAACAUAGGGUAAAGAGGUCAAUCAAGGUUCCUGCGAUUAGCAACAAGCUUGCUGAUAUCCCUCCUGAUGAUUAUUCGUGGAGGAAGUAUGGGCAGAAGCCAAUCAAGGGUUCUCCUCAUCCUAGGGGGUAUUAUAAAUGUAGUAGCAUGAGAGGUUGUCCUGCAAGGAAGCAUGUUGAGAGGUGCUUGGAAGACCCAUCUAUGCUUAUUGUUACUUAUGAAGGUGAACAUAACCACCCAAGGAUACCAUCACAAUCUGCAAACACAUAAUCCUCAUCUACUGAUUUCAAAGCCUCUUACUGUUCAAUUAGUCUAAACUUAUUUUAUGAAUGGCUUCUGUACAUAUUUUUUUCCCUCCUCUCCAUCUCUCUCUCUUUUUUUUUUCCUUUUGCUCUGGGAAGUUGGCUUUUCAAAGCUGCCUUGGCAAUUAGGCCAGAGAUCUCGAAGCUAAGUACCAAUCAAAGAAAAAUGUAGAAUUGGGGGCUUUAAAUUUGAAGAACUUUUUCGCUUUUCCAUGAAAAUCAAUGCUUGAACGUUUCUGAAAA